UUACACUGGUCCCCCAUCGUCACCACACCAUACCACACAAUACUACGCAUCACUGAGAAUGAAAAUAAAUGAACAAGAGAGCCGUCCGUCUGCCUCGGAGGACCAUGCUCCGACGACCUUGUCCUUGCCCUUCUUUGCCCUAUCAUCCAACACCUUCGGCCAAACAACCGCCCCCAAUCCAUCUAUCACUUUGCCUGACACCCCCAAAGCCCUACCAGCCAAGCAAGAAAUAGCGUCGAAUGACGGGACAGUCACGUCCUACACGCGUAUGAAACAGCGCGCCACUUGCACAUGCAAGCCUUCCAGCCUUCGAGCAGCCUAAGCCAGCAACACGCACCCAAGUGGACGGUGUGGACGUUGCAGCCAUCUAGACCUUAUUCGGGCAUGACAGCUGACACCCACACACACGCAUACACGACACCACCACUACCAUUUCCAGAAAGCAGGAGCAUGCAUGAGGCGAGGCUUUCUAGACUCGAUUCUCACAGGUCGACAGACGGACAGGGCAGCCAGCCAGUCAAGAAGGGGGUGUGUGCGUGUGUGGGAGAGAGGGAGGAGGGAGGGGAGACCGUUAAUUCUUCCGCCCCCCCCCCUUCGUUCCAUCCCCUUCCCUUCCUUCCUCUCCCCAAUUCCCCUAUGUGGCUUGGGCAUAGAUGGGAAAGCGGCCAGAAAUGGCAUCGGCCAAAUUCUCGCCCAUUCAAACUUUUGCCUUGCGCGAGAGAGAGUGAGAAAGAGGGGAUACAGAAUGCAGGAUGUCCAUUGGAUGUAGCCACGCAAAUGCAGCAGCUGCAGGAUGCAGUUUCAGAAGCACCUACACACAUAUUGAAUCACACGGCCGUGUAGAUAAGUGCGUACAUCCCUGACAGCAGUGGCGGUCGGGCGUGACUGCAGGAGGGGGGGGGGUGGAUCGCUAU